AGAGCAAGCCAAAUAUUUAUGGAACACCUUCAAUAUUUUCAAAAAUACUAACUUCAUGCAAGCUGCAGGGAUGGUGGAGGGACAACCCUUACAGUACUACAACCCCUAUCCAGCGCCAAGCCAGGACCAAUUUCCGUAUUUCCGACCGUUUGAGCCUUACUAUCCCAGAAUGGAAAUGUCGGAAGACUUAAUGCUGCCGUCUUCGCCAAACAGCGCUCAGAGUGAUAGUGACAAUUCAGUUUCAAGCGUUGAAAUAUCGCCGAAACAGAUUCAGCCGAUGAGCAGCAUCAUCAAAAACGCUGAAAAGAUCGAUGUCAGGUGUUGCUGGAAGAACUGCGGGAUGUUUUUUCCCUCUUUGGAUCAAUUAGCUUCCCAUGUCUCGAAAGUACAUUCUGCUAGCGGCUUAGGUGGUCUGUUCUAUUGUGGAUGGGAGGGUUGCUCCAGAAACAACAAAGGAUUUAAUGCGAGAUACAAGAUGCUCGUUCACGUACGCACCCAUACAAACGAGAAGCCUCACAAAUGUUUUCAGUGCGACAAAUCGUUUUCGAGAGCUGAAAACCUUAAAAUCCAUUCCAGAUCGCAUAGUGGAGAAAAACCGUAUGUUUGCCCAGUACCGGGCUGCAACAAAGCCUACUCUAACUCAAGCGACAGAUUCAAACAUACAAGAACACAUCAAGUUGAAAAACCUUACCAAUGCAAAGUACCUGGGUGUCCCAAGAGAUACACCGACCCUAGCAGCUUAAGAAAACACGUCAAGACGUACAAACAUUUCGUUAACGAAAACAUAGAAAAUAAUCAAACAAAUGAUCAAAGGAAGGAUAAUAACAAUACUCAUAUUAACAAAACCUCUGAAGUAAAUUCGGGUAAAAAUGAGGAAAGGGUGUCGAUUUAUACUCCGAACGGAGAAACUAUUUACCGAGAAAAUGUCAUCAAACAUCCCUGCAACUGCAAUCGAGUGUGUUGCGUCUCCAACUGCUUUACAAAAGCAGGCGAUAUCUUCAGAAUUGGAGCUUUGAUUAAUAUGAAAAAUGAAGAGAAAAGUUUGAGUUGGAACAGGUUUCUCGAUCCCUAUAUUUCCGAACCGAAAAGGAUGGUUAGCGCCUAUGAAGUUGGUAACCAAGAAAACAUGGACAUCGACGUGCCUCUAGAUUUAAGUAUUCACCGUAAAGACUACUAAUUUUUAUAUGCGUGAUUAGAUUUAGCAGUAUUAUUGUUGUGUGUUCUUUGUUUUUGUUUUGUCAAUGUUGCAUCGUUUUACGUAACUGAGGUAACUAUAAAAAAUAUGGCAAUAAUGAUUU